UGUACGUGUGAUGUGUGUGUGGAUCUUGUUGUUGUUUGUAGUAGUGGUAUUUGAUAGUUGUUGUAGUAUGUAGUAUGUAAUGUACGAGAGUGAAAUGGGAUAUCAAAGAAGAAAGAAAUCGAAGGAAAUGCGAAGAAGAAGAAACAGAAACCCUAUCGCGCUUGUGUGUGUGCGACAGACACCACAGCAGCGGUGUGCCAAGAAGAAGAAGAUGAAAAGUAGAAGUAGAAGUAGAAAAAGCAGUCCUCCGACCCCGAGCGCCUGCGCUAAAUUCCCUGAUCGAAAGGGGGCUCGCUCAUCCAAUGUUAAAGGCUGUGCAGCUAGAAGACAGCCAAUAUCAAAGACGAAGACGAAAGUAGUGGUGGUGGUAGUGGAAAUUCAAGUGCGCCCCUGUUUCCCUUUCCCCCCGAAAGUAAAAAAAAAGCCUGGUGCCAUCACUGGUCCGGCGGCUGUCGUGUAGCUCGUAACGUGUCGAUGGUAGUGGUAGUGGUGGUGUGCCAUGUUCUUAUGGCGCUCACUCGCUCCUUUUCUUUCUCUCUCUUGUCCUCAAUCGAGGUGGUAGUAAUAGUAGUGGUGGUGGUAGUAGUAAUGGAAAUCCAUGACUCUAGGAAUC